AUGUUUCACAACAUUCAGCUUCAACUCGAAGUCAGAUCUUACCGAACUCGUGCACUAUUUGGUUACGACAAGCGAGCCGUUGCAGUCGCUAUCAUUUUUUUCUCGAAUUCGCUUCCAUUCAUCGAAAGUUUUAGCGCAGUUAUUCAAUGUGGAUAUACCAUAUCCACUCAAGCUGAAGUAACUCUACGGUUAACGUAUGGGCAUAUACACCUGGAGUUCAUCAUGCUUUCUGGAGAGAAGGUAGCCAUCCGAGACAGCUCACGUAACAAACCGUCCUGCGCUGGUCUUCAUCAAUUUUUUGAACUGAUAUCAAAGUUAGUUGAUUGUGACGAAUUAAUAGUGAGUGCUUCUCCAGCUGGCACACCUUUGUCGGCUUGCCUUUCUGUUCCACCGAAUCCUGAUGCCGCUACAGUUUCACCGGCAACCGAGGUUUCUGCUGAACUUGAAACGUCUUCUACCCCUGUUAUCAUUGAUCACGAAACACUCCGUCGUGCCUUUGUGUUCGUCAAGUCUCCGAAAAAUUCGCCCCCCUCAAGUGAUAUAGCGACUUUGGAAAGAUAUUUCGAGCAAGUGGUUUGCCGGUUGAAUAACGAGCUUGCUGUUUUCUCGUUUAUUAACCUUUGUCGAAUAGUUGCCAACGGUGCAAUAUCGGGAAUCGUUCAAGUUAUGAAUGCUCAAAUGGUGGGUUUUAGUUGUAAACCUCUGCUAAAAGAAGAAGAGCCAGAUCCAUCUCCUUCAUUGUAUUGGAAUGUUUCUAUCCAGCUAGUCUGUCUGGCUAGGGAGCAGGCGAAUGCAAACACGCGGCGCUAUCAGACAGGAACUGUUUUCGAUGCAAACAACAUUAAUGUUCUUAUUUUGGUUAGUAUACCACAUGUCAGAGGAAGGGUGUCAUCAGCAAAUGUCGCAGGCAUGCCAGCAUCAGUCGGAUACAUGCCUGGGUCAGUGGGAGGUCCAGUAUCGGUUGGGCCAAUUGGAUCCGUUGGAACUGGUCAUAAUCCGGGCUCUAUUGUUAAUCCAGGGUCAAACACGUAG